AUGACGGCAGCUACCGGCUCUAUUUCGAGUACUAACAGCGUCCAUACACUACAACUGGGGGACCAAAUCACAUCGGAGUCCAACUCUUCGUCCUCAUCGUCGCAAACCAACAAGGACAUGGACGAAGAUACAGAUCACUCGCUGCGGCAAGAUUACUUGAGCGCCACGCUCUUACAAGGCCACCCACACGCAGCUCACAAAAAUCACCUCCAACACAGCGCUGCUGCUCACAAUAGCAAUCCCGCUGCUCUCUUCAAUGCGAGCAGCACAUCCUCCUCGUCCUCCAGCGUCGGCAGUGGAGCGGGUCCGAACGGCAUAACCAGUCACAACAGCGCCUAUAGUGUCGAAAGCAACAGCCCCACCGCACAUAUGAUGAGACACACAACGUCGGCAGUCACAAAUCUGCAAAUCCAUUCCCAAGACGAACAGGAAAAGGCCAGUUGGGAUAAGCUAGAUAGCAUUCACAGCAAAACUUCGACGGUUGCAACGCACACCACCAUGCAACACGGUGACCACAGCUUGGACGAAAUGUUGAACGAUUCAUCCAGCAGUUUUGCGUCCUUUGGUGGCGAUGAGUCACUCCAUGAAGAUUCUAGUUUGAGCAUGUCCUACUCCCAGGAUUUCUUGUCCGAAGAAAGGGCCCACUUCAAACAGUCUGUGCUUGAAGACGACCUUCCGUCCUCGAAGCGGUCGUUGCUUGAUUCUGUCUCUUCUUUCAAGGGGACAUCCCUAUCUAUUGUUGAAGAAACAACAAAAAGUACUGCUACAGGCAGAAUGAAGGGCGCCUUGGAGAAUAAGAAGCUGACGGCAUUGUAA